GCCCCAAAGCAGCGACAACGACGAGGAGCAGAGGGUUGUAGACCCGUUGGCGCACCUUGCGGUUGCCGGCGGCGACGGGGCCGAUCCUCCCAGGCCGCCGGCUGAGCCGCAGACUAUCGCGCUGACGGAUGCCUUGUUCACUGAGCCACGUGUCGGCUCCAAGUUGCCACUGUGCUGCCCACAGCAUCCGCGAUUGUGUGGCAAAUGCGUGGACAAGCCGAAAGAUUUGAUGUUGGGUUUCUGUGCAGUGCCUUGCGAGGUGAAGUUGCCGUGCACACACGCGUGCGGCAUGAAGUGCCACUGGCCGCAGACGAAGCACGAGCGCAACUGCAAGGUCAAAGUGACCUCGCCGUGCUCGUACCAUCCCGACGAAGUGACUUGCCGUUCAGUGUACGACAACAGCACUGCCGACCUGUACACCGACCCUACUAUAGCCAAUGCCCUGCAGCACUAUCGCUGCCCUGCUCCAGUGUCUGUGACGCUCCCUUGCACGCACGAAAAGGACAUGCCGUGUUGCGAGGAGACAGCUAUCCGAGAACGUGGGGCUGCUUACCCACGGUGCGUGCGAGAGUCGCCACAGCCGUAUGUCUACCCAGCCUGCCGGCACGAGAAGAGCGCCACGUGCGACAAGUUUGCGGAGUACACGAGGGACCCGACGUCGGCGCCGAAGUGCGUGGAGCUCGUGACUUACUGCCCGCUUACGUGUGACCACACGCGGCAAGUGAAGUGCCAUCAGGAGCAGGAUUACCGCGGCGGCAGGGCGUCUUACCAAUGUCCACAGAAGGUGAAGGUGCCGCUGCCACGCUGUGGGCACGAGCACACAGUAGCGUGCGCGAAAGCCAGGGAGCUGGAUCAGUGGCAGGGUGCGAGAAGCAGAGAGCAGGACGUCGUGGAGGAGAACAGUACCUACGGCCCGAAGGACUACCAAUGCCGUCAGAAGGUCACGUUCAAGCGCGCUUGCGGCCAUGAGGUGUUGGAUGUCGCCUGCGAAGAAGCGUUCUUGUGGGCUGCCAACGGGCCGCCGCCAUGCAUGGAGAAAGUUACUCGCCCGAGCCCAUACUGCCAGCAUGCGUGCGAGAUCACCUGCCACGAGGCGAUGGGUCUGAGGGAUAUGGCCCCAGUGGCGAGCGCACCGGUGGAGGUGGUGCACGAGGGCUCGGUGGAGUCGAUGCCACCUGGGCUUCCGCGGGCCAUGGCCGAGUGCAAGACGAUGGUCAUGAUGCGCCGCAGGUGCGGACACUCAAAACAAAUGCAGUGCCACAGGGCCUCGCGAAUUCCAGACAAGUGUACUGAGGAGAAGUCGAUGCAGAGUCCGCUCUGUGGCCACGAGAUCAGAGUUCCUUGUCACUUACAGGCCACUUUGCACAAGUGGGCCCCGUGGAGCGACGACGUGCUGGGCACGCUCAGCAGUGAAGAGCGCUUACCGACCAGAGCAAAGCCGACGGGCCCAGCACCGUCCGAGGCACCGCUGCUGAAUUGCUUGAAGGCGUGCAAACGGCACGUGAUGGUGGAGAAGCCAUGCGGCCAUGAAACACGCUUGCAGUGCGGCGAGCUGAUACAGGUGAUUCGCGAUGGCGGCGAGGUCUUGAGGGGCAAAAAGUGUCAAGAAAAUGUCGACUGGGAGUGCGAGAAGUGCGGGGCCGUGCACGAGAUGGAGUGCAGCAAGCGCAAGCAGAUCUCUGACGGCAGCCACAAGUUUGCAUGCAAGGGCAUGCGGGAUAUGCCUUGCUGGAACGUGGCCGCUUGCGGCUCGCAGGCGGUCACGGUGCCAUGCGCCACAGAGGAGACUGCAGCGGUGUGUUGUGACCGCAGGUUGGAGUGGGUAUGUUCUGCAGGCAAGCACAGGCACGUGCUGGCCCUGUGCGCGAAGGGGAUCCCGCGGAGCUGCCCAGACUGCAACAGCGACGCGAUUGCUGAGUCCAUGAAUGCGGCGCAGCACUACGCGGAGGCGACCGAUGAGGACUUGGCACAGGUGCCGAUGAGCGAAGACACGACGGCGCUCUGGCCAUGGCCAGCCGUAAAGGCAGAGAGCAUCGUUUCUGCAGUACAGCGCCUCCAGCGCAGCGGGAAAGCGAUAGAGUUCCCGAUCACAGUGGAAAUUAAGCGUAAGAUGGCAAAGGCGAACGCCACACAGCUCAUCAAGUUCUUAGCAAAUGAUAAAGUUGGCGGCAAGUUCGACCGGCAGCUAUGUUUGCCGAUGAGGUUGCCAGUGUUCUACGAGAUCGCGGGAAUGCAAGAGCAGAAGUUGCCGGAUGGGUUUUCUUCGCCGGCAAGCUUUGUGAAAGCCGCAACGCUCAAUGGAAUACAGGUGUACCGAACGACAAUGGGAAAUUUGCAGGGCGUGGCGGCGAAGAUUUCGGGUGAUGCCUGCAAGACACUGCUGUUCGGAUACGUGUGCGCUCUGAAAGCUGAGGAGAAGGCAACGUGGCCGCCGAAGAAGGGGGCAAACAAGAGCGGACAAAGGUGGCGAGAACAGGGUUGCGAUUGCGUGGAGUUCGUUCAAGAGAAGGGCUUGAGCCGUCUGGUCGUGUUCGACCCGUUCCCGUUGUAUGCGACGCACCGCGUCGGCCCUUUGUCCAAGAGCGAGCUCGAGCAGCUCGCAUCCUCGGUUGGCUCUGGCGCAGCUGCUGCGAGCUUAGCGCGCUGCUUCCCGGCGAACGACGAGCCAGCCAACGGGGCAAAACCGCUUGUCCAUGGCAAGGGUUCGGGCGAUCUUGCGGGCGCUGCUCUGGCUGAUCAACCACACACGACGUCCGAUGGAGCAGGCGACCAUGCUGCCGAAGGUGGUCCGAAUGCCAGCGUCAGGCAGGUUGUGAAGAUCGAAGAGUUGCGUGAAACAUGGGCGGAGGAACUCACAUUUUUCACUGGAUGGGAUGGCACGACGCUGGAGCUUCCUGGCGUGAAGCCCACGAAGGAGCGAGAGCUGUUGGACAAGCUUCUGUUCAUGAACCCGAAGGCAGCGACUUUUGCCGGCAAGAAGGUCCUCGAGAAACAGCUGGAGAAAGCCGUGGGGGACCCCUCCAAGGAGGUGCUCGUCUGCUACCUGCGCCUCUUGAACGCGCUGGAGCUGCUGCCCAAAGACAAGGACCAGGCGGUGGAGCAGUUCGACCUGCACCGCGCGCUGCUGAAGAAGUUGGGCGGCUCGUGCCCCGCGCACCCGCUGGCGCUGCUGGCCGCGGCGCGCAUGCCCGCCGGCGCGCCGGGCGAGGACCCCUCCCAAGGUGACGUGUUCCUGCGAGCUUUCGCGGCGCGGUACCCCGCCGCGGCCGACGGCCUUUGCACUGACUCCGAGAGGGAGCGCAUCCGCCAGCGGCUCUCGGCCAGCGAUGGCGGGGGCGGCGACGACGAGGGCGGCCGCGCGCCCGGCGGCGCGCCGGAGGAUCCUGUCGCGAUGUGGCGCGAGCUGGUGGAGGAGUACAAUACCAAAUCGGAAGCGAUGGAAGAGCUGCUGAGGCUCACGGGUCUGCGGAAGGUAAAGCUUGCUGCUGUGCGACUCUUCAAAAAUGGGCUUGCUUUCGCUCGCAUGGACCCCGAAGUACGCAAGUUGAACGUGCCAACACUAAACUAUUGUUUCCUAGGCAAUCCUGGCACAGGAAAGACCACAGUAGCUCGGCUUUUCGCUAAGAUUCUCUACGACUCUGGGUUGCGGCAGAAGCGGACCUUCGAAGAGUGCACCGCACAGAAGUUGAAAGAAGAGGGCGCCGACGAGUUCCGCAAGAGGGUCAAUGAUGCGAGAGACGGCGUACUGUUCAUCGAUGAGGCCUACGAUUUGGAUCCUGUGGGAGACAAGUUCAAGGGCGCACCCGUAGUGAACGAGAUAGUGACCACCGCGGAGAACGACCGGGAGCAUUUGACAAUCAUUCUCGCGGGCUACGAGGACGACAUGAACGAUAAGUUUUUUGCGUAUAAUCCUGGCUUGAAGAGUCGGUUCAAGGAGGUCGUGUUCGAGGAUUUUGACGAGUCGGAGCUUCUGGAGGUCUGGAAGAAUAUGGUGGAGAAGCGGAAGUUGAUCGAGGCCGAUCCCCGAUUGGGGAAAGUCGCGGUGCGGCGCUUGGCGAAGAUGGCUGGCAAGAAGGGUUUCGGCAACGCGCGUGCGGUACGGCAGAAGCUCGACGACGCAUUCCAGCGGUUGACGGCGCGCGAUGAUUUCGACCCGACGGCUUUGGUGCUGGAGACGGAGGACGUGGUCGGCGAGAAUCCCGCGAACAGCCAGAAGUUGCAAAAGAUUCUAGAUGAGAUCUCUCAGAAGAUUGGGUGGGCGAAGGUAAAGAAGUCUGUCAAAGAGUUGGUUGAGGUAGCGAGCGCGAACUACGAGCGCGAGAUCGAUGGCAAGCCUCCGCUGGACGUGUUCAUGAACAGGCUAUUCCUUGGCAAUCCAGGCACAGGCAAGACCACGUGUGCUAAAUUGUACGGGCAAGUUCUGAAACAUUUAGGCUUGCUCUCGAACGGCGACGUGAUCGAAAAAACUGCCAGCGACCUGGGUGGAUCCGCCGUAGGGCAGGCGCAGCAAAAGACAGCCGCAUUGUUAGAUGCGGCGGUGGGUAAGGUGCUUCUGAUCGACGAAGCGUACGCGUUGGAUAAGAGCCAGUACGGAGCGCAGGCGCUGGACACGAUCGUGGAGAAGGUGCAGAACGGCAGCGAUAUCGCCGUACUGCUUCUUGGCUACACUGAAGAGAUGUUAGCAAUGAUCCGCAACCAAAAUCCUGGCCUGCAGCGCCGGUUCGACCCACAACAGGCAUUCUGUUUCGAGGACUACACGGAACACGAGUUACUCCAAAUUUUGAUGUACAAUUGCAAGAGCAAGCAGUUGAAGCCGAGCUUGGCGUUCCAAGAGAAGGCUCUCAAGAAGUUGGAGGAGCAGCGCCGUUGCGAGCCCAACUUUGGCAACGCUGGGGCGGUGGACAACCUUGUGAAGGCCGCUGUGCAGAAGGCGAUGGCCCGGGGCGCGGCGAAGGGCCUCGGAGACGAGGAGAUGCGCCUGGAGGACACCGACGUGGACCUGGGGCCGGAGGGCGAGGGAGGCGACCCGUUCGCCCCGCUGGACGGGCUCUACCGCAUGGAGAGCGUGAGGGAGAAGCUGCAGCAGCUGUGCAGCGCCACCAAGCUCGCCGAGGACGAGGGUGAGGAUCGGCCGCCGCUGGGACACUUCGUCUUCAUGGGUGCGCCCGGCACCGGCAAGACGACUGUCGCGCGGGUGACAGCCAAGAUUUUGUACCGGCUGAGCCUCAUCGCGCAAGACAAGGUCGUCGAGGUUGAUGGCUUGCGCUUGACGGGCGAGUACGUCGGGCAGACGAAGAAGAAGGUCGAGGAGAAGCUCGACGAAGCCAAGGGUGGCGUGCUCUUCAUCGAUGAGGCCUAUGAGCUGGGCAAGGGCACGUAUGGCAGCGAGGCGUGCACUGCCAUCGUAGGAGCCAUGACGAGCCCGAAGUACGACGGCUUGGUGAUCAUCCUGGCUGGCUACCAGGCUGACAUGAUGAACAUGCUCGACACGAACGAGGGCCUCAAGAGUCGCAUACAGCACUUCUUGGAGUUCCCCGAUUGGAAGACCAAGGACUGUGUUGCGUGCUUCAAGGCGAAAGCACGCGACGAGAAUUUCGCGUUUGAUGGCGCAGCUGUCGACGCAGCUAUCGAUGCCGUCCUCGCCAAGGGCUUCCAGAAGCUGCUCCCGCUCAAGGGUUGGGGGAAUGCGCGGGACGUGCAGAAGGUUUGGGAGAUGGCCAAGCAGGUUCGGGCCGAUCGUGUCAUCAGAGCUGGCGCUGACCAUGACGGCGAUAAAACGCUCGAGGAAGCCGACGUCAAGUUCGCCAUUGAUCGGCUCAUUGCAGCACGGAUGGGAAGCGGGGGCAUGUCUCGUGACACUUGUGACGAUUCCGACCCAUUCGAGGCUCUCGAUAAGUUGUAUCGCAUGGAGCAGGUGAAGGAGAAGCUGGAGCAGCUGCAGGCCACGCACAAGAUCGCUCUGAAGGACGGCGAAGAUCCGCCGCCUGUCGGCCACUUCGUUUUCUCCGGCGCCCCCGGGACCGGGAAGACGACGGUUGCCCGCGCGACCGCCAACAUUCUUUUCAGGUUGGGAUUGAUCAACCGAAACAAUGUAGUGGAGACGUCGGGCUUGAAAAUGACAGGGCAGUACGUAGGCGAGACGAAGACAAAGGUCGAUGAGCAGUUGAACAAGGCCAGUGGUGGCGUUCUCUUCAUCGACGAGGCCUACGAGUUGGGCAAGGGCCAGUAUGGAAGCGAAGCUUGCUCAGCACUAGUCGCUGCGAUGACAGAUCCGCAAUACGACGGCUUAGUGAUCAUCCUCGCGGGGUACAAGGCCGACAUGGACCAGAUGCUCAACACGAACGCAGGCCUGAAAAGUCGCAUCCAGCAUUUCAUGCCGUUUCCAGACUGGACAUCGAGGGAUUGCGUGAGUCAUUUCUUGAGGAAGGCGAAGGCGGGUGCUUUCACAUUCGAGUGCGGCUCCGAGACAAUCGAAGGGAUCUUGAGCAAGGGUUUCGAGAAGUUGUUGCCGCUGGACGGUUGGGGCAAUGCCCGCGACGUCGAGAAGGUGUGGGAAGCUGCCAAGCAGUCUCGGGCUCGACGUCUAACAAGCGAGGAUGGCGAUGUUGGCAAGUCAUUUGCCGAUGUUGACAUCCGAGCAGCAAUUGACAGUCUGAUCGACAUGAGGAUGGGCACCGCUGGCACCAAGCACGACAGCGGCGACAAAUCUGAUCCGUUCGACACAUUGAAGAAGUUGUACCGGAUGGAGCCAGUGAUACGGAAGUUGAGGCAGUUGGAGGACACGUACAUCAUGGCGAAGCGCGAAGGGGACGACGCGCCACCUUUAGGACAUUUUGUUUUCGUCGGCAACCCUGGGACUGGAAAGACCACUGUCGCUCGUUCUGUGGCUGGCAUUCUGUUCCGCAUGGGACUCAUCGCCCGAGAUAUCGUGGUCGAAACUUCGGGUCUCAAUUUGACGGGCGAGUAUGUCGGUUCCACUAAGAAAAAAGUCGAAGGGGAGCUCGACAAAGCGAAAGGUGGAGUCCUCUUCAUCGACGAAGCCUACGAAUUAGGUAAGAGCCACUUCGGUAUUGAAGCUUGUUCUGCCCUCGUCGCUGCAAUGACAGACCCGAAGUACCUUGGCGUUGUCAUCAUCAUCGCCGGCUACCGCGCCGAGAUUUCUGACAUGCUUGACACGAAUCCUGGGUUGAAGAGCCGUUUCAAUCAUUUCAUGGAGUUUCCCAACUGGGAGCCCAGCGAUUGCGUCGACUUGUUCCAGAAGCGCGCAUCCCACGGCAGUUACGACGUUGAUCCAGAGGUGCAGGGCAUCUUGGAGGCGGGUUUCGGGAAGCUCGUGGGGCUGGACGGCUGGGGCAACGCGAGGGACGUCGACGAUAUUUGGAAGGCGGCCCUGCGCGAGCGGGCCACGCGCGUCGUUCGCCUGCCAGAGGGGGCCGCGGAGGCGCGGACGCUGACGCCGGCCGACGUGCGGCCGGCGCUCGAGGAUCGGGACGCUGGAAGCAGGAGCGCGCAGCCGCCAGUGGACCAGCGGGAGGCCGAGAGGUUCCUUGGUGAACCGCUCUUCUUCGUUUUCCGUGAGCUCCUGUUGGAGCACCUGGCCCGAUCCCACCCUGGGCGCAGCUGGGUGAUGGGCUGGGUCUAUGCGCCGUGGACCAAGCAGCUGCCGCCUCGGCGAGGUGUCCUUGGCCCGCAAACGAAGCAGGCGUACAGCGUUUGUGCGCUCUGUGGGCACUGGGAGUACGAUUUCCAUGGACACAAGUGUUGCUCCAAGUGCAAAGGAGAGUACCUCGGCCAGCCGCAUAAUGCAGUUCGUGAUGUUGGUGACAAGCGCGGCGUGGGCCGUUGGCGCAAGAGCAGAGGGCAGGUGCAAGGCCCUUCGCUGGACGACGAACUGGAGAGGCUGGCCACACUUUUCCCUGAUCGCGCUGAAGCUCUUCGAGGUGCUCGUGGUCAAGGUCCGCACGCUCCUGGCCCUGAGCCUGUGGCGUCGUCUGACGACGAGCUGGACAGGAAGGUGGCCAAGCAGCGUACUGCCCUUGCCAUGGCUGUUGAGCGUGAUUCCAAGGCUGAGCGUUUGGCACUACUUGAGGUGGAACAUCGUCUGGCGGCUGUAUUACGCCAUAAAGACGCCCUGGCCAAGGCGGAGAUGGCGCACGCGGAGGCUGUCCAGCACCUGGAGAGCGCCGCCGCGGCCCACAAAGCAGCCUACGUUGAGUUGGACAAGUUUGACCCUCUGGAGUUCAGACGGCAGGACAUGGCGCCCCUGAUGCAGGGGGUCCUCAUGAUAUGCAAGUUGAUGGUGAUUCCCCUUCCGUUCGACCUGGGCACGUUCAACCCCCCGCUGGUGGCCAUCCUGCUGCUAGCGAAGUUGGAGGAGUUGCUGGCCCAGAUCCUGAGCCCCCAGGAGUUCAGGACCCACCUGGAUGAAGACGCGGCUUCUGAAGCUCCUUCUGAAUUGGGAGAUGAGGAGCAGAAUCGCGCCGAGCUUGAGCAGCUCAAGAAGCGUAGUAUCGAUGCAGCAUUAUCCCCAGAAGAGUUGGUCAAGCUUGAGAAGCUCAUGCAGAAGCAGUCCCACAUCAAGGCCGCCAAGCGUCUCCGUACUGUUCGAGAUGGCGCCGCGGCCUCUUUCAACCGUGCGUUGGAGCAGAUGCAGCCAGGUAGCGUCCUACAAGGUUUAGCUUUGCAGCUGGACAAAUACACCUGUGCCGACGAUGCGUACGGCAUCGGCUGGUGGCGCGCCCAGUUUUGUUCGCUUCCCAACGAGGUCGAAGGUCUCUGGAAGAGCGACUAUGCAGGCUCCGUGACUCAGGAGGUGGAGGCCAAUUUCCACAGCCAUGGCCCCUGCCUCAUGCCGGACAUGUCCAUCACCACGUUAUCCCUUCCUGGCCUCGCUCAGUCCCCUGUUCCUGGUCAGACAUGGAGAAGGAUCUACAGGAACAUCAGUGAUUUGUCCAAGAUCGCGUUGGUACCAGGUCGCGUCGCGUUGGUUACCGCUGUCGCAGGUUCGCAGGCGUGGCGCCGUUGGAAUAUCCAGUAUCCCCGUGUUGAGGCGUCGGACAUGAACUCGGUCUGUUCUCUCCCACGCCGACAUCGCGCCCUCGCGCGCGCCGCCCACGACCGCGUCUCCGCGCGCCUGGCCGGGGACCUCAACAUCUCGGAUGGCCACGCGACCCGCGGGGCAACCAACAAGCUCGAGCAGAUGACGGCUGCGGCGAGAGGCGAGUCUGACCAGCGGAUCGACGCGCUUGAGGCCCAGCUGCUCGCUCUGCAGCAUCGCAAUUUUGCCAGCGAAGACGACCACGGCGGCAUGACGGACGGUGAUUCCGAAUUCCAGCGGCCGGACGAGCCGUUAGAGAGGGUCAAGCGCAUGGGCCCCCUCUCCGCCACGUUGACCUUCGAGCCGCAGUUCGACGCGCUCAAGGAGCCGGGCAUCCCACUGGAUAUCACUCAAACUCUGCUGGGCCUGCUCCAAUCGUUGCUCGACCACUCGCCGCGAUGGUCUUUGCUGCAGGCACGCGCGGGGUUCCACCAGUACCUCCAGAGCCUCUGCGGCGACAUGCUCUACGCUGAGAUGAGCGAUUCCCUUGCCGAGAUCCCGAAUGCCUCCCACGCGGACCACGUCCGCUCGUCUUCGCGAUCUUCUCAGGCUCUGGCCCUGGCAAAGGUGCCAACUCACCCCGUUCAUGUUCAUGGCCCGGACGAGUCCACGCAUGGACCUCGCUGGGGCAUCCCCGCCCACAUCCUGUCCAACAGCGACCGCAUUGGCCUGCAGGAGCACCGCCGGCUCGAGGCCGAGAAGGCGGAGGAGCUGCGGCGCCUGGACGAGGAGCGCGAGCGGGCCGAGGCCGAGUACGCCGCCGAGCAGGAUCGCCUGCGCAUGAUCGCGGAGGAGGAGGCGCGCCAGGAGGCGCUGCGGCGGGCGCGGGAGGCCCACGAGGCGCGGCUGCGCGCCGCGCAGCGGGCGCGCGAGGAGGCCGAGGCGCGGCGCCGCGAGGAGGAGCGCCGGAGGCAGGCCGUCCAGGAGAGGCUGCGGCAGAUCAGCCCCUGCCCGGCGGGGUUCACCUGGUACAAGAGCGGGGGCGGCUGGCGCUGCGGCGGGGGGUCGCACUUCGUCUCGGACGCCGAGCUGGGCAGGAGCUUCUCGUCCUGA